AUGGCUCGCGCGGUGGUAUGCUUGGCGUUGAGCUCGAUUCUCAUCGCGACCGUUCGUUCUGCUCCCUCCUUUGCGAUCAGCAGCGCAACGGCGGCGCCAGUCGAAUCUCCCUUAGAUUUGAUUUACCAAGCCGCGGACGAUGACAUGAAUUCGAUAGGAAUCGACAACAGCGUCGAAAGCUCGACAGGAGCGAAAACUGAAACCCCGUCGCAAACAACCAGAAUACCAGAGUCUGAGGAUACGCCAACGACCACGACAGAACGCUCGACAUCGACGACGACGACGACACCGGCCGCUCCCGAAUCGACAACGAGCUCACCCGCUUCAGCUGGAGCCUCCCAGAACCAAGAAAGGAUUCGCAACAGAAACUUGAGACGGCUUCUGCAUCGCUUUCAAGUACUAGCAAUUCGCGCCGAUCUCUCCUCUGACGAAUUCCACAACUUCAUGAAACUCGUUUCGGACUACACGCCAUCGAGAAUUCCGUCGUUCCUCUUGCGUAAGAGUGAGAGAAGACAAUUUCAAGAAGCGAAUCGAAUCCGAUGGCAGCAUAUACGCGAGCGUAUGCAGGACGUAGGACGGCAAACGAAGAGGGAAGCCGUCAUUGAAAACUUCCUCGAUAUGGUCGAGAGGGACGGCGCCCUGAGCAGGCGGUUCGGCACUCGUCCCAGGUCGAAGCCCAGAACACCGACGCUGAUAAAUGAGGACCAACUGCGUUUCCGGCCAGCUUUCGUCAAUCGUUUCCUCGCCUUCAUGCCUUUCGAGGAGCACCCUCUACUGAAGCAGCUCUUGAAUGGACGGAUGGUGCCACCAGAUUUCUUUUCUCAAUGCUGCCGAUUUUAAGGAGGAAGGAUUGCAGUCUGCCUCCCUCGAUAUCCUAUCAUCUCCAUCAGUCACUUGAUAGAUACGUAGGUAUGAAGUCAUCAUCACACCCUCUAUUUAUUU